ACUCUUCUCCUUUGUACAAGCCAGUUACCAAGCUACAAUGUCCGAUCCAAGAGUCUCCGAUGACGAUUUAGUUCCUGAAGAAGUUGAGGGAUACCACGUCACUGAAAAGAAAACAAUUGCUGAAUAUACUCAACUUGACGCUGAAGAUGAAUCACUCGCCAAAUGGAAGGCUUCAUUAGGAUUAUCCACUGGUAAAUUAUACCCAGUCAAAGCUGGUGAUAACAGAAAGGUUGUUGUUAUUGAAAUGGGAUUGGAAUUCCCGGGCCAACCAAAUUUGAAGCCGAUUAGAAUUAAUUUAGAAGAAAAUGUUAAUCAACAACUUCAAUUCAACAUUAAGGAAAAGUCGGUCUACCAAUUGGUCAUUAAGUUCAGAGUUCAACAUGAAAUUAUAACCGGGUUGAAAUAUUUGCAUAGUAUCAAAAGAGGAGGAAUUAGAGUCGAAAAGGUCGAUGAACCUUUAGGAAGUUAUGCUCCAAACACAGUCGAUAAUCCCUAUUAUGAAAGAAAAUUUCCUGAAGUUGAAGCUCCAAGUGGUAUACUCGCCAGAGGUAAUUAUUCAGCUGUAUCCAAAUUUAUUGACGAUGACCAGACUAGCCACUUAACUUUACCUUGGAGUUUUGCUAUUACCAAGUAGAAAUGGUUCUUGUUUAUAAAACUAGCUAUUUAUAGGAUGAAAUGAAAUAAAAUGAUAGUAAGAGCUACUCUCUCUGGUAUUGUCCCAUUGUUCCACCUUUUCCUCUAUUGGCAAUAGAAGGAAGCGCCAAUGGGCCUGACACGCGCUUGGUUCCCAAUGAACUUCCAGGUCUUCUGCUAGGUACGUAAGGUGGUGCUUUAUUAUUUGAUGGCUUCAGAAUAAGCUGAGUUCCAGUUUUCCUAAGCAUUGGUUUUAUUUUAUCCUUUGUAAGAUUUCCAUAUAAGCCCUUCCUGUGUGGUUGGGUCCCACCUAGUUUGUUUGUUACACUUUCAUUCCCUGGUUCAAAUUUCUGCUUUUUGUUUUGGGUGGUAUGAAUCACGUCUGAUGCACUUUGAAAUCCAACCUUUUUAUCUGCACCAUUAUCACAUCCAUCAACAAUCCCUUUUGGAUUAAACGGAUUAAGAAUUGAGUUCAUUUUCUCCUUGUAUACUGUAUUAAACUCAUCCAAAUCAAAAUCUGGACAUCUUUUCCCUAAUAUUUC